UCUCACUCUCCCACUAACACUUUGAGAAUCAGCAAGAGUCUCACCUAGCUCCAACAAACCCUUCUCUAUAAGCCCAGGACAAAGAAUCUCCUUGCCCAUCCCUUCUGAGUCAGCCCUAGAACAGACAAUGAGAUUUCUGCUACUCUGGGGGUGGAUCAUUGUUCCAGGUUAUGGAGCCAUGGUGGGUCCGAAGGAAGUCAGUGGGCCAGAGGGAAGCUCUCUGUCUGUGCAGUGCUCCUAUGAGGAUAAGCAUCGGGAAAGGAAAAAAUACUGGUGCAAAGACAAUGGAUUAAUUUUUAAUCUCUGUGCCAUUGUCAUCAGCACAGAGGCAGGGAAAGAAGAGACAAAUGGUGAAAUGUCCAUCAAGGAUGAUCCCCAAAAUGGAACAUUCACUGUGAUCAUGAGGAAAGUCACCCAGAAGGACGCAGGGAAAUAUCAGUGCGGGAUUUCCAUUUUUGGACCUGAUGAGACUUUUGAGGUGACAGUGAUUGUUUUUUCAGGGCUCGAGAGUUCUGACUCCCUAAACCCCUCCCUUCAGCCUCCCUCUACAAGGAGUGACCAACAAGGGGUAAAGGUUUGGGAAACUCGGUCUCCAGAGCUGAGAAUUGGGAGUUAUGUGUCCCCCAAACCCUCCCUUCAGCCUCUCUUUACAAGAAGGGUCCAGCAGGGAGCAAAAGUUCGCCCAGGAGUGAUCACUCCCACCCAGGAAAAGAUAAAGCCAUCAACAUUCACAAAUGUGGGGACCAGGGCUGCAGUCCUUCGAAGGGGCCAAGAGACUCUUCAGACAAGAACCCAAGAAGAUGUGGUCCAGACGGUCACUUCCCACUAUAGCCCCAGGGAUAUGAAUCCAAGAUCCAGGAUUUCCAUCCCAUUGAUCCGUAUUCUGGCUCCAUGCAUCAUCCUCCUGUUGCUACUGGUGGUUGCUAUCGCAACCCUCCUGAUCCUGUUAGCAAGAAGAAAAAAAGCUCAACUUGUAGUGGAAUCAGGAAAGAAUGGACAGUUUCACUACUCAAAUUCAGUAAAGGAAUCACAAGAUUGAUACCCAAUCCAACAGCAUUCUCACGCUGAAAGGUUCCCACUCUUGGAGUCCUAAAAGCAGAUGCCUGGAUUCCAUCCACUGAUUCCUCUCUCCAGGACUUGGACACCUUCUGCGGUUUUGGGCUUCAUGAGUGGGUCAGGAAAAGAGCUGGCUUUGGAAUGAGUCCCACCUCCACCUCUUACUUGCUGUGUAAAGAUGGACAAAUCAAUUAACCACUCUGAGCUUCAUUCAGUUUCUUCAUCUGUAAAAUAGCACAAUAAUACCUAGAUAAUACCUAGAGUACCUACCUCACAGGGUUGUUGUGAGGCUCCAUUGAGACUGUAUAUAAAACGCUUUGUAAAUCUUAAA